AUGCCACCACCAGAACCUGCACCUCAUGCCACCACCAGAACCUGCACCUCAUGCCACCACCAGAACCCGGACCUCAUGCCACCACCAGAACCUGCACCUCAUGCCACCACCAGAACCCGGACCUCAUGCCACCACCAGAACCUGCACCUCAUGCCACCACCAGAACCCGGACCUCAUGCCACCACCAGAACCUGCACCUCAUGCCACCACCAGAACCCGGACCUCAUGCCACCACCAGAACCUGCACCUCAUGCCACCACCAGAACCCGGACCUCAUGCCACCACCAGAACCUGCACCUCAUGCCACCACCAGAACCCAGACCUCAUGCCACCAGUGCCAGUACACAAGAGCAGUCUGGAUACUACGGUACUUAA